GCCAUCAGUUAUCACGUGACAACACUGAGCCAGAACCAGGAAGAGGAUUGCCAAUAAGGAAAACAACAAAUAUCUGAAGUAGCUGUGUCAGCGCCGUAAUAAAUAACAAAAAGGAAAGGACCUACACGUUCAACCAUGGACGAGACACUCUUUCAAUUAAAGUUCACAGCAAAACAGUUGGAAAGACUAGCGAAGAAGGCAGAGAAGGACUCAAAGUCAGAACAAGCCAAGGUUAAGAAGGCCCUACAGCAGAAGAAUGUGGAGUGUGCCAGGGUGUAUGCCGAGAACGCCAUUCGCAAGAAAAAUGAGGGCGUCAACUGGCUGCGCAUGGCCUCAAGGGUGGACGCUGUGGCCUCCAAGGUCCAGACUGCAGUCACCAUGAAAGGAGUAACAAAGAACAUGACACAGGUGACCAAGGCCCUCGAUAAGGCUCUUGGCUCCAUGGAUUUACAGAAGGUGUCGGCCGUCAUGGACAAGUUUGAGACACAGGUGCAGAACCUGGACGUUCACACCUCGGUCAUGGAGGACUCAAUGAGCUCGGCCACCACACUGACCACACCACAGGAGCAGGUGGACGACCUAAUCGUGCAGAUCGCGGAGCAGAGCGGCCUGGAGGUGAUGGACCAGCUCAACCAGCUGCCAGCUGGUGCUAGUUCUCUGGGAGAGAGUUCACGUGCCCAGGAUAAGGAGGACCAGCUCUCACGCAGGUUGGCAGCCUUGCGGAACUGAGGCCCUCGCCUCGAUGGCUGUUUCGGAGAGCGUAGAGCAGCGGCGAGAAAGAGACAGCCUGGACAGUUUGGCUCUCUGCGAUUCUAUUGAACUGUUCCUGCUGUGUGGACCUGACAAGCCUGUAUUGAUUUUCACCCCCCUCAUCUAUUUAUAUACACAUUGGCACUCUGUGUGGCUGAAAAUACUACUGAGUGUGUGUGUCUCUUGUUCUUUCCCCCGCUCACGCACGCACGCACACACACUCACUUUCUCCCGUUUUACACUGUAAACAAUCUGUCUCCCCCGUGACUUUUUGUCCUCCCUUUCUAUUUCUGUCUCUUUUCCAUCACCUCGUUCCCCAUAUGUCCCUCUCUAUCCUCUGUUCUCUGCCCACCCCCGACCCCCUAGGCCCCCACAGAUGCUGGCUUCAGUUUGAGCCUCUGACAUCUGAGGUUCAGUAUCUGAUCACAUAAUCAAAAGAGUAGAGCUCAACAUACUCUGUUAGAGAUGUUUUGAAAAUGUACAAAGGAAAUGUUUUAAAAGUAUAAACACAAGUUACAGUAUUUAGGAAUGAGUGCUGCUUUCGGCCCGGCUAUGUCCGUGGGUGAUGGGUCUCCACUGUCCCCCUAGCAAUUUCAGUUUCACGGUCUUCUCCAGAGUCUUUAUAUGCCUGUGUUAUCCAGACUGAGAUAGGAGUAGGAUACUACUAGAUUUGAAUUGGAAAAUUGGACUGCAGCAGGUGAUGAUUCUGAUGCAGUUGUGAGAGCAGCCAACCGUAGAACAGUCAUGAUUCUUUUCAGACCUGAUUUGCUGUAGAUAUUAGCCAGACAAGGGACAUAUUUAUGGACAAACACUAAGACAUCUGGGAAUGGUUCCCUUCGACCACUUCUCCCUCACUCCUGUAUCACACCAUUUUGAAGUCAUGGGACUUAGUCACAGCAUAAACAUUCACCAUUUGCAUUGCAUGCAGUAUAAUACUGCUGCAAAAUAUAUCAUUUUUUGUCAGUUCUGGAAAACAGUUUUUGAAUUUGUAUAAAGCAUUGAAACAUCUUUUAUUUUUGUUGCUGGAUUGUUCAAUUUGAUUUUGUAAUGUCUUUUUCAGUGCUUCAUGUUUGUAUCAUUCUGAUGUGUCUGGUUGCUUUGGUGAUUUGUUUCUUGGUGGUGGUGUUGUUUAUUUCAUGAAGGCCUUACUGUCACACAGCUGCUUGCCUGGGUGCUCCUCCUCAGUGCCUCCGUCAGAAAACCCAUAGAGAGCUCAAGAGCUGUAACGACAAUAAGAAGCCCCCCACCCCCCAUCUCAUCCCAUCCACCAUCAUUACCAUUACUGGCUCCAUGUUGUCAUGGAAACAAGGAAGUCCCCUUUCCAGUCUCUCUCUCUCUCUCUCUCUCUCUCUCUCUCUCUCUCUCUCUCUCUUUAUUUCUGUGUCACUCUGUAGCCUUGUCACAAUCAGCCCUGGGUAAAUCUUUGCUUGGUUCCUUCCGCCAUGAUGACUAUUUUAAUUUAGGUUUGUUUUGUUUGGUAAGCCUCCUCCUCUCUCAUUUGACAUGCUGGGGCAGGGGCUUAUUUGUACUUUAACUUACAAAAAUUACUCAAACUGGGAGAGAUUUUUCUUUUGUACAUUUAACUUGUGGAAAUAAAAACAAAAUCCCUCUGGUA